AUGGGCGAGAAGCGUGGAAUGAGAGCUUUGGAACUGUGGUGUCGUCGUUGUACUAAUGGAUACAGAAACGUUCGAGUCAAUGACAUGUCAAGCUCCUGGAAAGACGGACUGGCUUUCUGUGCCAUGAUCCAUCACUUCAGACCCGAUCUUAUAGAUUUCGAAUCUUUGUGCAAGGAAAAUAUGCUGUACAAUAACGCUUUGGCAUUUCAAGUAGCUGAAGAGAGGUUGGGCAUUCCCGCAUUGCUGGAUGCUGAAGACAUGGUGAAAUACGACGAACCCGACGCACUCAGCAUUGCUACAUACGUGUCCCAAUUUUACCAAUUUUUUGAAAAUGGUGCUCCUCAUAAGCUGGGAAUUCCUGCUCCUAAACCUGUGACCAGUCACGUGUCCCCUUUGCCUUGCAGUCGAGCUCCCACGACAAGCAUUCAUACGGGACCUUUAAACAAACGCUAAACUUGUUUGUUGCACAUCCACCAGUCUUCAAGAACAUUGCUCAUCAUUUAUGCUCUACGUGGUCAUUUAUAAAGUUACUCCCUUCUCUUCCUGUUUUCCGUUUUCAUCAGUUCAUAUGUUUACGAAGAACUUUAAUUUCGAACUAUGUUUGACAAAUGUGUGUGUAAUAUAAAAUGUAUUUUUAUUACCUAAAGUGUAUUUUCGUACGCUAAUGCAUAAAAGCGUUAUUUUUGAUUUUUGUUGUUUUGAUGUUUUUUAUUAUUAUUUUGUAGAUGUUAGAUGUGUAAAAAGUUUUAAGUUUAUAUGAUUUUGUAGUUGCGCAUGUAACAAAUAAAAUUGCCUCCAAUCGUUUAUUUUAUCCACAAAAAUAGGUUACAAAAGAAAAUAUUUCGAGUUUUAGAUAGCUUUUCUUUUCACUUAAAUUUUUAACCAUUGUUUAUUUUUCAAUAUAAAUAAGCUCAGAAGAUUAGUGAGUGAAAUUAAAUGCAAUAUUUUAAGUUGCUGAUAAACUCAUUGCUUGUUUAGUAAAAUAUUUAAUUUGUGCACUUAAAGAAUCCACGCAUAAAUUAAAGGUGGUUAUUAUUUUUUUUAUUUAUUAUACAUAACAAAAUCUUUAUAACGGUGUAAAAAUGCAUUUUUCUGAUUUAAUUUACAUACAAAAUGCUUAACACUAUGCGCACUUAUAUUGUACAUAAUUUCCUAUACUGAAGUGUUCCUUACAUAAAUGUGUUGACGUUUUGUAAG